UCGCAUACCUUCGCCAAUCGCCGGAGCAGAAGCGAAAACCCCUGGCAGACCGCUGGAAGAGUGGAGUAUGUCGCUGUCAAAAGAAAUCUGAAAUUCACUCGCGUCUUAUGUUAGUACCGAUCGAGAAGUGGAUGUGUGCGGUGUCGUGUCGGUUUAUUUAUUUUUUUUUACAUUUUUUUAGUCCGCGAGCGAUCGCGGGCUUACCGUUAUUCGGUUUGGUUUUUCAGACCCGCUGACCAAAAUUAAUCGGUCAAAUUUCGAGUGUGUUUAGCUGCGCGUGAUAUUUACGUUUUAUUGUUAUACUACAAACCGUGUAUUUUCUCCUACGCAAGCGUGGGUAAUUUCUUUCUAGUGGUAGAGUGCGUGAUAUAUGGUGAUGGUGUUGUAAAUAAGGAAUCGUACUCCAAGGAUUACAAGAGAAAACAACGGCGCCGUUUCAUCCCUUAAAUACUCGGGGAGUUUCCGUCUGCCUUUUCGGAACGAUCGUUGUCUACGAACGGAAGGUAUUUCGAGGAGGGAUAUUUUUCACCAUCUCGCACAAUUGACAAAUCGGUCAGGCAUGCCGCGCAAAUUAAAGUUGUUAGCAAGAAUGGUGGGCGGUGUACCGAGCGGAAAGAUGCGACGAGCUUUGGUCGUUCUUAUCCUCGUUAUGGGGGUACUUUUCAUCGCUAUGUACGCACGUGCACCUCCCAUUGUCUCACUUCAACCCUUUACCGCCAGAAGUCUGAAGCAGUUGCAACAACUGGUGACAUUCGUGGGCAACAACCAGACUUCUGAAAUUCCAGAAGUGAAGCUAUAUGAAUAUUCGGAUAUACAUAGAAACUUUCAAAGCCCUUGGUCGUGGGCCUGCGUAUCCGGACGUUGCGAAAGGAGGGCUGUGAGAUCUUCCAGAACAUCGUUGGCUACGUGCACCGCUCUUUGCGGUGGGAAUAGCCGCCUCAUUUGGCCUCGUCCAACGGGGGAUACUUUUCUCGGUGAAAACAGCGUCACUUUACAUCUCCAACAAAUAUCGAUAGUCACCGUGAACACCAGCGAUCAAGAGAUCAAAAACCUUUUGGAACAUGCGAAGGAUGUAUUUUUAGGUAAUAUUAAGAGUCUGAUAAAAGUACCAAACGCUAAGGCCAGAUCGAGCAUCGAUAAUUUUGUAAUAUAUAUAUCAGCGGGUGACGCAAUCGGCACUAAAUUGUCCUUGGACACUAACGAAUCUUACAAGUUAGAAGUAACUCUGAAAGGUAAACAGUUGGAGGCAAAGAUCACUGGGAAAAGUUACUACGGAGUGAGACAUGGAUUGGAAACGUUGAGUCAGAUGAUAUGGUGGGACGAGGCUUCGGGUAGAAACGGUAUACUCAGGACCAUCUCGUCAGCGUUGAUCGAGGAUAAGCCAACAUUCGGUUAUCGGGGAAUCCUCAUCGAUACGGGAAGACAGUUUUUCACCGUUGAAGAAUUGAAAAGAGUCAUAGACGGAAUGUCGGCGUCAAAACUGAACACCUUUCACUGGCACAUAACGGACUCUCAAAGUUUUCCCUUCGACUCAGCCCAGUAUCCCGAAAUGGCGAGAUGGGGUGCCUUCAGCGGAGACCAAAUCUACUCUCCGGAUGACAUCAAAGAUUUCGUGGAUUACGCCAAGAUUCGAGGUGUGAGGAUCAUCAUGGAGAUUGAUAAUCCCGCUCACGCUGGCGCCGGAUGGCAAUGGGGAGCAGAGCAUGGCUUGGGUGAAUUGGCCCUUUGCGUCGAUCAACAACCUUGGUCGACUUAUUGCGGGGAACCGAAUUGCGGACAGCUCAAUCCCAUAAACGAAAACACGUACAGAAUCCUGGAGGGACUUUACAGAGAACUUCUGGACCUCACCGAAGUUCGCGAUAUCGUUCACAUAGGCGGAGACGAAGUCAACUUGGAAUGCUGGGCGCAAUAUAAUAACAUAAGUUUAGCUAUGCAGGCGCAAAAUAUGACGGAUCUGCACAGCUUAUGGGCGGAUUUCGAAGCUAAGACGAUGCACAGGGUGAUCAGGGCCAAUCGCGAUCAAGUUCCGAAGGCUGUUAUCGUUUGGAGUUCCCCGAUUACCAAACGGCCCUACAUAAACACGCAUUUUGAUCCCCAGGUUCACGUGAUCCAAUCUUGGGGCGGUAGUAAUUGGCCGGAAACACCGGAACUCCUCGAAGAUGGUUUUCGAGUUAUCGUUUCCCACGUAGACGCGUGGUACCUUGACUGCGGUUUUGGGAGAUGGCGAGAAUCUGGAGAAGCGGCUUGCGGCGAAUACCGUACGUGGCAAACUGUCUACAAUCACAGACCUUGGAGAGAUUACGGGCAGAAAGAAGCUGCACUUAUUCUCGGAGGGGAGGCGGCCCUCUGGUCGGAGCAGGCUGGACAGGCCUCCCUGGGUCCGAGAUUAUGGCCCAGAGCGUCCGCGCUGGCGGAAAGAUUAUGGACUGAUUCAUUGUCGAACGGAUAUUCGAUAGAAGAGAGUGUCUACACACGUUUAUCGGCGCACCGAGAGCUGCUUCGCAGUCGCGGACUUUACACCGAGUCUAUGUGGCCGCAAUGGUGUUCUCAAAAUCCCGGUAAAUGUCUCUGACCAAUCAUCGCGAAUAUUGAUCUAAAAAGUAUUACUUAAAGGUAUCGCUAUUAAAUCUUGAAAUUUGCGCUAGAGGUCUUAGGCUUAGCCUAAAUAAUGAUAAGGGAUCCGCCAAACGGGUUUCUGAUUAUUCACUCCGUGGAUUCGAUCGUCCGGAGUUGUUAAUUAAGUGAUAUAAUAACAGGAGAUCAACUGUUGCAUAAAAUGCCUUUAAAAUUCAAAAUUUCUAUCGAUGAAUUCGGUUAAUUUUAUUGUUUUCGUUUUUUCGCACCAUAGAAUAGUAAUUGUUUGAUAAAUAGGUAGUACAAUUAAUGUAGCAACAGUUAUGAAUAAUCUGUGCUGGAUAACUUGACAAAACGGAUGUUAUUUUGCUGCUUGAAAAGCAAAAUAUACAAACGAGGCUAAAUAUACAGUAUUACAGACGGCUCAUGGAUGCAGACGAAUGUAUUCGGCACCAGUAUUCUUUGCGAAGUGUCUUACUUUCCGAUUUAGUUGAGUAUAAAAUGAUUACGGUAAAUUCUAAGUUUUUUUUGUUUUUCUCUUCAUUCACGCUAAAGUGAAACGAGAUAUUUCAGAGCAGCGAGAAUUCCCAUGGCAUGAGCUUUCUGUGAUGUUAAAUGAUAUUAGUAAUUAUAAUAUUAGUGUAAAAUUAUUGAAUAUACACGAGGGGAAAAAUUUAUAUGAGAUUAAAAAUUGAUCCUAAAUUUCUUUAGAUAGGUGAACUUUUGAGAUUCUUGUAUAAUAGAUGGGAGUUGAUUUCUUAUCUACAAGUGCUUAACCAGUGGUAGGAUAUGCGUACGAAUGUAUGCUAGUGUUAGGAAUGUUUAGGCCCUGUACUUUCGCGAUUUAUGAAUUCUUUUAUAAUUUUGCUAAUCAGAUUUCUGCCCAGUUGUAUAGGACACAUUCCAUGAUUAUUUAUUUCUUAUUCUUAUUUCGCAUGUCGGACUGCUGACAAUAAGAGAAAGCUGAUUUCAAAGUAUGGAAUUAAAGAAUUUCUUAGUCAUUUUUAUCAAUCUCCGGUAUACAGUGGUCGAGUGUUCCUAACAAUACUAUGAAACGAAUUUAUUACGACUAGUUUUCGUCGUAGGGUCCAAAAAAGGGCUUUGAAAAAUCUUAGAGUCAGUUCUCUGCGCCACCAAACCAAACUGUACCGAAAUCCGUAUUAUCAGUUUGUUUGGAAUAGGUUAGUGAGUAGGAAGAGUUGAUUUUUUACAACAAUGUUUUUUUUUUUCACGAAUAAAAUAAAAGGUACUAAACGAAUAUUGAGAGAAUUGCAGUUUAUUCGUGACAGUUUAUAAGAGAAUUUUUUAGAGUAGUUGCAAUCGUCAUUGCGGAUCAGUAAAACAAUUAUCUACAGCGUUUUUGGUUCGUAAAAGAAAAAGAAAAAAGAUGAAAAAACCGAUUUGUAUUGCAUACAUUAUAGAUGAAUGAUUUUACCAUAAUUUUUAUGCACGCCGAUAUGAAGAUGAAUUGGUUAACAAUAUUAUCAUUUAUGCUUCUAGGAAUACCCUGUGUAUAAAAUUAGUACCGAUUGUUAAUAAUUAUUUAUCGUUGAUACGUAACAUUGAAGCACAGAACUUUGCUUAGACAUUAAACCGAACAGUAUAAAAGUAAAGAAUAUCUUUCGCGGAUAUCUAGGAGAGCCUUACGUAGUAGAAUGUUUGAGUUAUAAAUUUGUUAAAUAUAAAUAUGGAUGAUUCAUUUGCUGAGUUCCUUUUUUCGCUUAUGAGACUCAGCAAUCUUGCCAUUUGAUUGUAGAUCGAAUAUUAAAUUUCAGAAAUCAUUAUAUAAUGUACAUAAAAUUAAUUAUUGAGUACUUACCAAUUAUUGUUAUCAACGGCUAUAAAAAGCGAUUCUUAAAAUGCCUCAGCGGAAUCAGAAAUAGUGAAAUCAUGCCAUCAUGUUUUUUUCUUUACUUUGUUUCUUCCAUUUUUUGUGUUUUUAACACUCUUCGAGUCUUUAUCUGAUUAUAGGGAAAAUGUUUGUUGAACUCUGUCUUAAAUUAUAAGCAUAUGGUAUUUAUACUUAUAUUUAUAAAUGUUUGAAAUUGUAAAUAAAAUAUGAAUUAACACA